AUGAAUGUAUUUCUGGAUUACUGGCCUUUAUCGAGGGAAUUAUUGUCAACAUUGGAACAUAUUUGUAAUGGAAACAAUGAUGAUAGUGCGGAAGCCUUAUGUUUUCAUAAUAUUUUAUUAAGUCAAACAACUGCAUUUAUUCUCCGUGCUCUUCAGCCAAUAUUAGACUCUUUAGCUGUUUUGUCAAAAUCUACUCAAACAAAAGGAGCUGGUUUUAAACAAUUACAAAACUUUAUAUCCUCAACUUUACUUCGACUUAAAGAACUUAAGGAUAAUAGCUCAACUAAUUAUGUGAGUAUUAUUGAAACAAGUGAAAAGCCAUCAUCAACAUCUUCAACAACUCGUAACUCCAGAUUAUCAAUAAUUAAUACGGAUUUAAAUAUUAGUGAUAUUUUUAAAUUAAAAAUUCUUCCAUUUAUUGAUAAUGUUAAAGCUCGUUUUAAUCAAGAAACAUUCGAUUUACUUCAUUGCUUUAUGAUUUUUUAUAUGCAAUGUUUGAAUGAUAAUACAGAUUAUGGCGAUAAAGAAAUUCAUUCUAUUAAAAAGCAUCAUUUAAAUGAUUUUGGUGAAUCGAUUAUUUAUGAAUGA